AUGGUUUCAUCGCUAAAACACUUAUUGGAGAAGGAUCUGAAAGCAGCUGAUUUAAAAUGGUCAUUGUUUGUAGCAGCUUGCAACACAUAUCGCUAUGAUACUUGUUUAAAGCCCUUCCCACCCAUGUACAUAAAGAACGAGUGUAAAGACAUUGAAGCUUUGAGAAGAGCUGUAGAACUAAUACCACCAUUGGCUGUAAUAUUUAAAGCAUUGCAAGAACCAGAAGUGUACGAAAGAUAUGAAACAGCUGUAGAGUUACUAUACUGGGUUUUAAUUCGUUUAAGAGAUCCUUACAUAAAGAGCAUCAAUAAAGAUUGUUAUGAGUCCAUAUUGAGGAAAGUACCUUCAGAGAUAUCGGUAGCUGCACCAAAUUUAAUAUUCCAAGUUGCAAAUGCAAAGCAGUCAACUUCAGAAGAAAAGUGGAAAACAAUUGGUCAUGGCUCUACAACCUUUUUUGCUUUUCAUGGUAGUCGUUUAGAGAAUUUUCAUUCCAUUAUACAUUAUGGUCUACAACAAAGUAUGUGCAAGAAAUCAUUGUUUGGUAGAGGAAUACACCUUUCCAGCGAGUUAGGUGUAAGUUUACAGUAUAGUCUCGUGGGGUAUGGAUGGGGAGGCAGUGUACUUGGCAGCGAAAUGAGUUGCUUAGCUUUGUGUGAACUUAUCAAUCAUGUUGAUGUGAAAACUGGAGACUCUGAGACUAACGCUCGGAAUAUAACUAGAGAUUCUGUAUGUGGAAGGGUCCCAAAUAAAUAUUAUUUAGUAACAAACAGUGAGUUGGUACGAGUAAGAUAUCUUCUUAUUUACAGUCAAGAAAUUCGAACUACAAGAUAUACUGAUAAUAGAGGAUUAUUAGCAUGGUUCAAACAACAUAAAUUAUUAACAUUUGUGCUUGGUUAUGUGGUACUACUAGCCUCAGUUGGAUUAACUCAUAAUAAACGAGUGGAAAAGUAUUAUAAAUUAUUUGCUCAAAAAGUUGGAUUGGAGUAA